UGUUUGUUGAUUUGCGAAUAUCCAAUUAAUACUGGCACUAUGUUUUUGUUCUGUUUAGUUAAAAAUCAAAUUGAAUUGUCAGUUGGCUAGACCAGUGAUUUCAAUUUCAAGCAUAAUCAGAACAAUAAGUCAAAAGAUUUCCAGGGUAUAUAUCAUUUACCUACCCUUUUCCCUCAAUUGAUCCACUGAUCUCCAUUGCCAUCGCCACAAUCUCCGAUGCGAUGCGAUGAAAUCGACUCGACCCUUCUACACCCAUCAGACGCAUCUGCGGAUCCUACUCCCAAUUGGGGUCGCCGCUGGCACGAUCUUCUUCAAUAUGUCGCUGGGCUUUUUACUAUAUUUUUUGUAUAUUUUUUUGUUCGCUCUGACAAGGCAAACAAAUGCAGACUUCGGCGCUUGUCAACCACUCGCUUGGGAUUGGGAGAGUGAGUGAGCCACGGCAGACGCCGCCAAAGCAUUCACCCAGUGGAGUUCAAGUAGUGGAGUAGACCGAGUAGACUACUUUGGGCCAACGCAACAGCGGAUCCAGAGUGUACCACCAACUCGUACCCAACUCGUACGCCGCGCCUCGAGAAGAUGUGCGCCCGAGGUAGAAGAAGGCAAAUCACCCUUCACGCCAAAUCCAGUCUGUGGACUGUGGAGUGGAGUGGAGUAGAGUCGACUCAGUGAUUGAGAUUUUCUGUGGACGGCAUAGAAUCAGCUAGCAGCUUCUCCGAAGACGAUCGUAUGUGGCAGCUGUUUCGGUUGCCACACGCUCCACAAGCAAAACCCAACCAAAGCCACCUCCAACUCAUAAUCGAGUUCGUGUGUGUGCAUCCUAGACUUUCAGUUUCAGUUUCUGUUUCAGUUUUUUUGUCGCUGGUUUUGCCCUUACCACAUAUAAAUACGCCGUGUGGCAGCAGCCAGAGAUCAGUCAGAAUUCGGCGCUGCUUCCAAGCGCUAGCCUCAUCUUAGACAGAUUCGAUCAGCAGUUGGCAGGCCGCAGCUCCAGUUGGAUAUGUUCAAGUUAGUCGGUGUGACGCUGCUCCUGGUGGUGGUGGUCCUUGGGCGACCGGAGCCACCAGUCAACUCGUAUCUACCGCCAUCCGAUACCUAUGGCGCACCGGGUCAAAGUGGUCCGGGUGGCAGGCCCUCGGAUUCCUAUGGAGCUCCUGGUGGCGGUGGCAGACCCUCGGACAGCUAUGGAGCUCCAGGAUUGGGUCAGGGUCAGGGACAAGGACAAGGUGGCUUUGGCGGCAAACCUUCGGACUCGUAUGGUGCUCCUGGUGGCGGAAACGGUGGUGGAAAUGGCAACGCAGGCGGUCGUCCUUCGAGUAGCUAUGGAGCUCCUGGUCAGGGCCAAGGUGGCUUCGGCGGACGCCCCUCUGACUCUUAUGGCGCUCCUGGCCAGGGACAGAAGCCGUCGGAUUCGUAUGGUGCUCCUGGUGGCGGCAACGGAAACGGAGGACGCCCCUCGAGCAGCUAUGGCGCUCCUGGCCAAGGACAAGGCAACGGAAAUGGCGGUCGUCCUUCGAGCAGUUAUGGUGCUCCUGGUGGCGGAAACGGAGGUGGUCGUCCCUCGGACUCUUAUGGCGCUCCUGGUCAGGGCCAAAACGGCGGUGGUCGUCCCUCGGACUCAUACGGUGCUCCUGGUCAGGGCCAAAAUGGCGGAGGUCGUCCUUCGAGCACUUAUGGAGCUCCUGGAGCUCAGGGUCAAGGUGGAUUUGGCGGACGUCCCUCGGAUUCUUAUGGUGCUCCUGGUCAGGGCCAAAACGGCAAUGGCGGAGGUCGUCCUUCGAGCAGCUAUGGAGCGCCAGGAUCAGGACCUGGUGGCCGUCCCUCCGACUCCUACGGACCCCCAGCCUCGGGAUCUGGAGCUGGUGGCGCUGGCGGUGCUGGCGGCAGUGGAUCCGGACCUGGUGGCGCUGACUACGAGAACGAUGAGCCCGCCAAGUACGAAUUUAAUUACCAGGUUGAGGACGCGCCCAGCGGACUCUCGUUCGGGCAUUCAGAGAUGCGCGACGGUGACUUCACCACCGGCCAGUACAAUGUCCUGUUGCCCGACGGACGGAAGCAAAUCGUGGAGUACGAGGCCGACCAGCAGGGCUACAGACCGCAGAUCCGCUACGAGGGAGAUGGCAAUGAUGGCAGUGGAGCCAGCGGUCCUGGCGGACCCGGCGGCCAGAAUCUCGGUCCCGAUGGCUACUCCAACGGACGUCCUGCAAAUGGCAAUGGCAAUGGAAAUGGCGGUUACUCCGGAGGACGACCAGGUGGUCAGGAUUUGGGUGCAGGUGGCUACUCUGGUGGUCGUCCAGGUGGUCAGGACUUAGGUGCUGGUGGCUACUCUGGUGGUCGUCCAGGUGGUCAGGACUUAGGUGCAGGUGGCUACUCCGGAGGACGACCAGGUGGUCAGGAUUUGGGUGCAGGUGGCUACUCUAGUGGUCGUCCAGGUGGUCAGGACUUAGGUGCAGGUGGCUACUCUGGUGGUCGUCCAGGUGGUCAAGAUUUGGGUGCAGGUGGCUACUCUGGUGGUCGUCCAGGUGGUCAGGACUUGGGUCGCGAUGGUUACUCUGGAGGACGCCCAGGAGGUCAGGAUCUGGGACCAGGUGGCUACUCCAAUGGCAGACCAGGCGGCAUUGGAGGCAAUGGCAACGGCAACGGAAACGGUGGCUCCGAAGGCGGUCGUGUGAUCAUCGGUGGACGUGUGAUUGGCGGCGGUGAUCAGGGCGGCUUCUCUGGCGGACGUGCCGGCGGCCAGGAUCUGGGCCGCGAUGGCUACUCCGGCGGUCGUCCAGGCGGUCGACCCAAUGGCCAAGACAACCAGGACGGCCAGGGAUACUCGAGCGGCAGGCCGGGUGGACAGGCAGGAGGCAGGAAUGGCUUUGGACCCGGCGGUCAGAAUGGCGACAACGAUGGCAGCGGUUAUCGGUACUAGAAACGACUCCCCAGACACAUUAAGCUAGAUCCAUCCCCCGAACUUAUAGCAGUACCUAGUUGUAAGUCCUCUUAGAACUAUGUCCAUUGUCUGUCCCACAUCCUUUGACAUCUCCCUGUGCCCGCCCAUUCUUCUUCUACUUCUCGCUGCCCAUUCUGUCCAUUUUCACUUCUCACAUCCUCGUAGUCUUAAGUCCCUGUUGUUGUAAAAGCAAGCGCGAAAAAUAACCCAAAAAAAGAACGAAAUGAUAAAG